AAUGGUAUGAGGGGGUGGACUCGAGCGGAGAAGCUGCGCUUCUCCUUUUUUUGAUUUUGAUUGCUCCCAUCCUCUUGGGAUGUGCUCACAAAUCUCAAAGAGCAAUCCACUACAAGCGAAACUACACAGUUCAGCACACUCCAGCUAAAACAGUGAAUACCACCAUGACUUCCACCAACAGUAACAACGGCAACGGCAACAGCAUGUCCAUGAGGUACAUCCUCCCCGAAGACUUCACCCCAUCCCCUGACGAUGUCGUGAUUGGUCGCGGUAAGAAGAUUGUCGAACGCAACAAGCGCUUCUGGGCCAUUAUCAAAACUGAAGGUGAUGCCUACGGUAAUGCCACCAGCAAGGCAGUCAAGAGCGCCAUCUUGGCCCGUGUCCAUAACCUUGUCAAAGAUGUCCGCAAGGGUAGCUUUGUCAAGUUGGAUCCUGAAUCGGGACGAUGGUAUAAUGUCGAAGAGAGCCUGGCUCGUACCACUAUUGCUCAGGCUCUUCGAGAUGUCAAUAACAAAAUCUACACCUCCAGCAAGCAAUUCAAGCAGCGCAGGCGCAAGCAAACCAAGAUGGCUCCUCUGGUUCAUGACAACGAUUCCAAGGCUUCUUCUCCUCCAGCCACCAUGUCCGUGAUGACUGCCAUGGGCUGUGCCAACAACUACCUUCAGAAGAAGCAGCAGGUCUCUUCGUUGUUUCAGUUGUCUCCUCAGGCACUCAGUGACAUUGGAUGCAACGUCGAUGCGCAACGAGGCUCCUUCAACCGCCUGCAACACAUUCUGGAUGACGCUGCCAACACGGUCAACUUUAGUAGUGUCCCGCCCAUGGAAGCCUAUGGUGAAAACAUGCCUGCUCCCCAAUUGUCCAUGGACAGUCAAGCCUUCUUGACCCCACUGUUGGACACUCCCCUCUGGGACGAGGUGCUGCAAUGCAGCGGGAAUCCUUUUGAACCAACUCCAUUGGCAGAGCCCACACCAAUCAAGCAAGAAGAACAAGAGGAUGACUUGGAUGUCUUGGAAGACUUUGACGUAUCUGAUAUCCAGCAUGCGUUGUUGGGCAGUGCCUACUAAGCUGGUUGCCUGCUUUCUGCCUCCCUUGCUGCCCAAGACACCAUACAGCCAAACGGCUGUCCUUGUCCAGGCAAGCCUGUACAUAUCAAAUCUCCUCUCAGCAUCCAAUCAAGGUGCAAUGUACAUCUCCUAUCUCCGACUUCCUCUCAAAGCUGCCCGCUUUUGCCACCCUGGUCCCCAAAAGCGCAGCACCUGCAUAAACUAGUACUACAUUCUUCUAGCAACUUUAAAACAUACUAAUAAAAACCUACACAGUGUUU